CAGGUGAGACAUGGAUUUCCUCACUCUGUUCGCUAUCUACGUCGUCGUGGUGCUGACAUGUAUAGUCCUGGUCUGCAAAUACUCAGGGCAGCAGCAAACUCCCUUUAACAUACUGUUCAACUCUGUGGUAAAGGUAGUUGCUCCAAUUACACCAAAAUGGCUCCAGAGGUUUUCACAGUGGACCAUGCACAGGCUGUUUCAUCAAAGGAACAACAUGUUCAUCUAUCUGCAUGUCCUUCUGGAGUGCGCUGUGUACGCAGAGUUCACCUUCGAGGUGUUUGGCUUCUGCAGGGAGAUGGACACCACUCUGACCAGCCUGUCUGUGCCUUACAUCCUGCUGGCCGUCAAGACCUUCUUUUUCUACCUCUGCAUCAAGAGAGACCCAGGCACGGUGACAAAGAGGAAAGUCGCCGCCCAGCUGCACAUCUAUCCGUAUGACAGGAGAUUGUUUCACCCGGGGGUCUCCUGUCCGACCUGCCAGCUUGUCAAACCAGCUCGCUCCAAACAUUGCAGGGUCUGCAACAGGUGUGUCCAGCGUUUCGACCACCACUGUGUCUGGGUGAACAACUGUAUCGGUGCUCAGAACACACGUUACUUCCUGCUUUACCUCUUCAGCGUCUGUGCCAUGGCAGGCGACAUGGCCUUACUAACAGCAGACAUGCUGCUUCAUGCCGUACUGCACUCAGGACUUCUGAGGGCCAGUUAUAUAGAUGAAUAUGGCGAGCAGCAGCCGGCGGGGCCUCUGUUUGUCGUACAGCAUCUGUUCCUGACCUUCCCCCGAGUCAUCUUCAUGUUGGGCUUUCUGGUCUUCGUCUUCUUCCUGCUGGCGGGUUAUGCCCUGUUCCAUUCCUACCUGGCUCUGGUCAACCAGACCUCCAACGAGUGGUACAAAAGUCGAGGUUAUGUUUGUCAGCAUUGUCACCCAACUACAACAGCAGACCAUCUCUGUAGCCCCGCGCCAGACCACUCUAAAAGAUACUACUACAGCCGAGGGCCUCUCAAAAACCUGGGGGAGAUUUUCUUCCCUCCAAAACCUGUUCAGAAAAAAGACAACUGAAAAAUGAUAUUGCCCUUGUUUUGUUAUGCUGCAUUUACUGUUCGUUCGUUCACAUUUACUGUUUCUAAGAACGCCUUCUGACUGGAGAAAUAAAGUUUACGUUAAUGAUU